AGCCUUAUAAAGCUCCCAGCCCCAAAAACAGAGUGGUGGGUUUAAGUGUGUGAAUGGAGCAGGCGUAAGGCUGAGGACUGUCCUGCCGGUACUGCAGACCACCCUCUCCUGCCUGGCCAUGUGGGAGGCACGCUCAUCCUCCUUCUGGAGGGCUAUCUUCGCUGAGUUUUUUGGCACCCUGAUCUAUGUACUUUUUGGCCUGGGGGUCUCGCUGCGUUCGGUCAUGGGCCCCUUGAACAUUCUGCAAGUGGCCCUGGCCUUUGGUUUGGUGGCAGCCACUAUGGUGCAGUCUCUCGGCCAUGUGAGCGGGGCCCAUAUCAACCCGGCUGUCACCGUGGCCUUCCUCCUGAGCGCUCAGCUUUCCCUCUUCCGCGCGGUCUUCUACGUGGCUGCCCAGGUGCUGGGAGGAGUGGCCGGCGCGGCUGUGCUUUAUGGAAUUACGCCGGUGGCAUUGAGGGGUAACUUGGCCCUCAACACGUUGCACCCCAGUGUAAAUGUAGGCCAAGCCAUCCUUGUGGAGAUCUUCCUGACCCUGCAGUUUGUCCUCUGCAUCUUCGCUACCUAUGACGAGAGACGUAACCACCGCAUGGGAUCCGUGGCACUGGCUGUGGGACUCUCCCUGACUCUUGGACACCUCUUUGGGAUGCACUACACUGGAGCUGGCAUGAAUCCCGCUCGUUCUUUUGCACCAGCUAUCAUCACCCGUAACUUCGUCAACCACUGGGUGUAUUGGGUCGGACCAGUCAUUGGUGGUGUGCUGGGAGGCUUCUUGUAUGACUUCAUCCUCUGCCCUCGGAUGCGUGGAAUCUCAGAGCGCUUGUCUAUCCUCAAAGGAGAACACCAACUUGAAACCAAUGCACCCCCAGAACCUCCUGGAGAACCUAUUGAGCUGACAACGCAAGCGUUAUAAAUAUUGUGAUUCAGCCUCUAUCUCAAAAAAAAAAAGGCAACCCCCUACAACAAACUUGGGACAAUAGAAUGGGGAGAAUGGGCGGGGUGGGGAGUGGAUGAAAAUGAUGUCAUUGCCUGAUUUUUAAAUAAUUUCUUUUGCAGUGAAAACUCUUGGACACAAGUUUUAUGGCACGGGGAAGUUGUAGGGCAAAGAAUUCCUCAUGACCUUCUAUUUUGAAGUUCUAGGAAAUUUCAGAGCUGCCACUGUGUGUACAUGUAGAAUCCUUGCCAGUUGGGUGCACAAUGUGUGGGGGCAUAUUUGUGCAUAUAUGUGUGAACUUUAUAAUGCAAAGGAAGCCUCUGAACAACCUUUGUAUUCCUUUUAUAUCUCUCCAGUCAGCUGCCACAAUCAACCCCAGAACCUCCUGGAGAAAUCAUGACUAGGAUUGUGUACUGCAAUUAAUAUUGUUGGAGGCAGCAUUUUGUCUAGGACAGGACUGGAAGACCAAAUCAAGCUCCACCAUGCUUUGCCUCUCCCUGUUGCUUCUAAAACACUUGACUCCAUCCCCAUCUCUGUGGGUUGUCCCAGCAGCUGACUAACAAGUGGAUUAGGGGGAUUGAAUUAGAAGACACAGGAGAGGUGAAAAGGUGGCAUGCCCCUUUCCUAUUCAUUCCCAGUGGAGAAGCUUCCUCUUUGGAGAAGUUAUAUAGAAACAGACAGACGUGUAUUUUAUGGGGAAGGGGAGACAAUGGGACCUUUGUUUAUAUGUGAGGAUAAGUGGUUUGUAUACUUGCUUCUUUAUUGUGCGUACAUAAGUGUAUGUACGUGAGUGAAUUAUAGGGAAAGGAAGAGCAGGGCCAAUGUCUGCAACCUAGAAAGCCAGCUGUUGAUGCCUAUGCUGAGUUCCCCGAAAUUAUUUCCUUCUUGACCUGUAUUCUGAGGAGCCAGAGAAUCUGGUUUUAAUCACAAUUUUAAUUUUCAACCGUGCCCCAAUGUAGUGUUGUUCUAAGGCAGAGCUCCUCAAACUUUUUAAGACUGGGUCCGAUUCACAACUGGGGGAUCAGACAGUCUGGAAAAAAAAUUGAACAAAUUCUUAUGCACACUGCACAUAUCAUAUUUGUUGUGCAAAAAAGUGAAAAAACAAUAUAAAAUUUAAAAUGAAGAAUAAUUUUAAUCAACAUAAACUUAACAGUAUUUCAAUGGAAAGUGUGGGCCUGAUUUGGGCUGAUCAGAGAGUCAAGUUAAUUAGGAUUGUUGCUGUUGUGUGCCUUUAAGUUGGCUCUAAGUCUAAAGUUCUAGGGCAGGGGCCGGGUAAAUGACCUUGGAGAACUGCAUCCAGCCCGCAGGCCUAAGUUUGAGGACUCCUGCUUUAAGGUGUUGUGUGAUAUUAAAAUGGUAUCUCGGUGCGUGAUCGCCUGUCCCUGCCACAGACCGAGCCUCCAAAGGUCAACAGAGAGGAACCCAGUUGAAUAUGUUUUGCCUACAGCCCCAUCAUACCUUGAGCUGAUACAGGGAAAAGGCAACAAUCCCAGAUAUGGCAAUUUUAAACAUUGUACUGUAUGUAGCUUUCCAGUUAAAAGAAAGGAGCAAAUCAUUCUUCAUUCUUGAUUUAUAGACUAGAGCUAGAAACUAAAGCUGGUUAGACAGAUGAGAUGGGAAGUUUCUUACUAUAUCACAUUUCUCACAAUGCCCUGGGCAACACUACAUUGGGCAUCUCUGGAAUACUGAUGGAAAUUUAAAAUGGUAGCUGGAGACCCAUCAUGGCAAAGUGCUGUUCCUUGGGCCAGCCUUCAAACCAAGCGUGUUUCUUGAGAAGAAUAGCUUUUGGCUUUUUUAAUUUAUUGCUUUUGUGUAUCUAAUGUGUGUGCUGUCUUUCUUCCAUAAUGUACUCUUUUUGUCUUCUUUACCCUAUUAAUCUAUCCCAGUGCUAAAAAUUAAGUAAGAUAGUGCUAGGAUGCAAUCUAACUUAUUUUUAGCCAGACCUCAAACCUCCCUACUUUUCAACAGACAUAUUUCAGAUUUGCUUAUUUCUUCUCUACCCAACUCCUGCAAUUAGAAAUAAUAGGUCCUUAUUUUAAAGAAUGCAAAAAAGAAAUUGUUGAUUCUGUAAUAAAAUUUGCAACUGGCCCUUAAAAUAAGCACCUUACUAGAGUAUAUUUUUACAAUUAGACCUAUUUCUUUCUCUUUAGUCAGAAUCCAGAAAAUUAUUGACCGGCCUUCUAAUUCACUGCUGUCACUGAAGCCGGACAUUCCAGAAAAAUAUGGAUAUAAAAGAGCCAGAAUAUUGGGAGCCUAUUGAUCUAACUUACAUCUCAAAUUGUUUAAACUAGAUUUAUCAAGUAUAGAAAAGAACAAGCCUCGGUGAAGAAGAAUUAGCAUGGCUUUUACAAAGCGAAGUCCCAUCUCAUCAGAUAAUUAUCUAAUGUUAUGCCGUUUCCCCCAAAAUAAGACCAACCCCCAAAAUAAGACCUAUCAUGAUUUUUCAGCAUUUCUGAGGAUGUUUUAAAUAUAAGCCUUAUUUCAAAAAUAAGCCCUAGAUAUAGUUCAUUUAAAAAGUCAAUUUGGAAAAAUAAGACUGCCCCUGAAAACAAGCUCUAAAGCAUCUUUUGGAGCAUAAUUUAAUAUAAGACCCUGUCUUAUUUUGGGGGUAAAGGGCUGAAACACAUUCUCAACAAGGAAAGUCUGAAUCUUGGGACUUUGGGCUAUUUAAGAAUAGCAAAAGUGAUUUAUAAAAUCAUGAUUCUAUCUAGAGAAGCGGUUCAUAACCUGGGCCCCCCAGAUGUUUUUGGCCUUCAACUCCCAGAAAUCCUAACAGGUGGUAAACUGGCUGGGGUUUCUGGGAGUUGUAGGUCAAAAACAUCUGGGGACCCCAGGUUGCAAACCACUGAUCUAGAGCUUCCAUCAAUCCCUGCCACCAUGGCCAUGAAAGGAGAUGUAGAUCAAUACACACGGAGAGCACCAGCUUGGAAGAGGUUGGUGAACUAUGUAAAAGAAGUACACAGCAAGAAGCAUGUCUCCCUUGCAAUAUCAGAACAUGAGGUUAUGCAGUGAAACUAGAGACUAGUCAAUUCAGGACAUACAGCAUAUUUUACACAACUCAAUUAAAAGAAUGUAAUGAUCCUGAUCACUGGCUUAGAUGGUUUGAAGAUUAGGCACAUUCCCAAAGAUGGCUACCAAGUAUGGUAAGUUCAAUGAAACUGCCAUGUAAGGAGAGGAAGCAUGCCUCUGAACAUAAUAAGUGAAAGAGUGCUACCUUUGUGCCUUGCUUAUAGGUUUCCCAGAAUCAAUUAGACUGAUGUAUUUUGGAAGCAAAGCCAGACUACAUAGAUUCUUUGCCUAACCCAACAGCCUCUUGUCGUGUUCUUUUAUAGCUAGAUGUAUCUUUGGUCUUAACCUGUAUGACAAUGCUUGUGCUCUCUAUUAAUCUCCCAGGUGAGAGAUUAUACUAGACAUAUGGUUCCCAGUGGAACUGUGCUUCGUAAGGUCUUCCCAGAUAAGAACUCUAGGAAGUGAGAAUUGGUGACUGGUGAUUUCAAAAGAGGGGGAAAUAGUGAUGGUGAGCAGUGGGAUCGCAGAUUUUCUCCACCUGAUAUUCAGAGCAUGUUUAUUUCUGCAGUGUUUACAUAUUUAAGGAUGGAUCAUUUUUCUUUAGGUAUAUUGGUGUGAAUUGAUUUUUUGAAGCCUCACUUUCUACAAUUCUUAUAGUAAAAACAGGUUUUUUUACUGGUGGGAUUUCAAAGUCCAUCAGUGGAGUCAUACCACCAAGGCCCAUUAUUAGUCCAGAUGGGUUAUAAACCAACAUGAAACAGAUGAUUUCACUUGUGACUGUAGACUCUCUCUUCUGUAAUAGAUUAAUUUCUUUGGCCCCAAUAGGGGUUUCACUACUCUGAAACUGAAGUCACUCUCAGAUGAAGCCAGUGUUAUUGUUAGCAGUAUCAAUGGCCACUGCUACAAAGGCAAGAGGCUGAUAGUUGGUGUGAAUCCAGAGUCAGUUGAAUAAAGUGGGUGAAAUCAGGUCACCCUGCUAGAUUUCCUGGAUUCACACUGAAAUAAAAAACAGACCUGUCCAUAUUGUGCAUGAGAUGCCAAUUAUUUCCUUGUUCCGUCUUGCUUUUUAUUUUUCUACACGAUAAUAGCAGGAUGAGUAAUCCUUUCCAGUUAACAGCUUAACUUUUCUUUCACGGGUAUAAAAAGCUUAUUUGAUUUUCGAGUGUUGGGAUUCCUUUCCUGAAUUAAAUGCUAUCAUUUAUUUUUGGUAACAACUCUACAUCUGGGAAGUCUUGUAACUUGACAUGGUUAUAAAAAGGCUUUUACAAGGAUGAGAUAGGCUCUGAGAUUCAUGGUAGACUGCAAAAAAAAAAAAAAAAAAAGAAUCCUGAUCCAAUAUAUUCAGGUUUUGCUCACACUGAUCUGUCCAAAGGAAUAAAUACCACUUGCCGGUUGGGCUUUGGGACUGCAGGAUCAAGGAGGCAAUCUUUCUAAGGAACAAGUCCCACAGAGCAUAAUGGAACAAAUUUUCAACAUAAACAUUAAUCAAAUUACACCAGGGAUACAAUUUCCCCAUUGACUGCAUUCUUGAAGAAAGCAAUGAGUAACUGUAGCCUUUUUUCAUCCCACUGUGAGCAAGUCUUUGAAAGAGUAGAGUUUUUGAAGACAAUUCAUAACUCUACUUUUUCUGUGUGUGUAUAAGUACAUCUCGCAUUUGGACUUCGCACAGACUCCCAACUGCCAUCUGUAGGACACAGAAUAGGAUACCAGAGUUUUGUGAUAGUUACUAGGAAAUAUAAUUAAAACAAGGUAAUGAAGAAUCAGGAUUGAUGAAUUUCUAAAUUACAGAAGUCAAUAGUAUUUUCACAAGGGAUGCAAAAAUUAAAUCCCAAUCCAGACUACAGGAAUAUCACUAACGAGAACAAUUUUUUAAAAAACACAGCUUUGUUAAUGUGAAUCAAUAUGCAAUAGGAUAUUUUAGAACCCUAGAGACAGAGGCCCAUUCUACACUCCCAUAUAAUCCAGAUUAUCUAAGGAGAUAAUUCAAAUUAUCUGCUUAGAAUGGGAUUACCUGAGUCUACACUACCGUAUAAUCCAGUUCAAAGCAGAUAUUCUGGAUUUUAUAUGGCAGUGUGGGGGCCCUUCUACACUGCUAUAUAAUUCAGAUUAUCAACGCAGAUAUUCCACAUUAUCUGCUUUGAUAAUCUGAAUCGUAUGAGUCUACACUGCAAUAUAAUACAGUUCAAAGCAGAUAAUUCGGAUUUUAUAUGGCAGAGUAGAAGGGGCUACCUGGGUGGUUGUGAUGAUUGUUCUCUGUAUUAUGUAGUUGUCUUUUUUCAAUUUUAUAUGCCGCUUUGAGUUUCAUUCGUGGGAGAAAAGUAAAUAAACAAAUUAAUUAAAUAUAAUAAUAAUAAUAAUAAUAAUAAUAGAUGGGGCUAGAGAAAGAAAUUCAUAGUUUACACUUUCAUGAACUGAAUUCACAUCAUCUCUGAUUAAACAGUCUAUGAGUUUAUGGUAGGAUUUUUUUUUCUCCCAGUUAAGUCUCACAGGUAUUACAAUAUACUUAGACACAGAGAAAAGAAUAGAAAAGGAUGUCAUAUCGAAGCCUGAAACUGUAGGUCUAACCCUGAGAGCUAACAACCAAUUAUUUAUAUAUCUAACAAUUGCAACAAGAAACCAUUAAGUGAACAUCACUUGCAUUCUUUUGUUUUCAAACAUGAACUUUUCAUACUUUGAUUAGCUUAGAAUGUUGGCAGCUUAUUUCCUGGGCUCUGGAUACCCAGGUGUUCUUUCACACUUCUUCCCUUGUGCUUUUAAACCAUUUCAGAUCAAUGGCAAUCCUAAAACAGCUCUAUCACUGGGUUUUCCUGGCAGAAUUUGUUUACAGGGGCCUUGCUCUUCAAGGCUGAGAGAGUAUGACUUCCUAUGGUUUAUUUUUUUCUUCGUGUCAGGAGCAACUUGAGUCGCUUCUGGAGUGAGAGAAUUGGCCGUCUGAAAGGACGUUGCCCAGGGGAUACCCAGAUGUUUUUGAGGUUUUUACCAUUCUUGUGGGAGGCUUCUCUCAUGUCCCCCAUAUGUUGAUCAAAGAUUUAAAUCCAACACCCAAAAUCCAAUUCUGCUUAAUUAUUGUGCUGUAAAGUGUUAGUGCCCUUUGUUGUUGAUUUUUUUCAUAGAUGCUUAUCACGAUGAGUGCUCAUAUUUGCGUAGUAUGGAUGGUUUUACAUUUGGUUAUGUUUGGUUCUUGUUCAUAUGGGCUUCAAAAGCCAGAGGAUAAAUCCUCCCCAUUAAAUGUCAGAUCCUAUUCAGUGAACAA